AUGUGCCACUCUAUUGUGCCAUCCAUACCAGUAUAUGAAGUCUUUAGUACACCAUUUUUUUCAUUCAAUAUAUCAUAUCAGAUUCACAACUUACCACGUUAUACAGGUAUCGAUUAUGAAAAUAAUCAAUCGUUAUCAUGGUGUAUAGGAGAUAAUAAUAUUAAUACGUGUAAUUUCGGUAAAAUAACAUUCUGCCAUGUUCUACCAUCAAAUAUUCAUCAAAGAAUUGAGCACGCUUGUUUAAACGAUAGUCAAGAGCAUACAUGCUCAUACAUUGAAUCGCCGUUUGGAUCUCCAUAUCUUCGAAACAUACACGAUAACAUCUGGAUAAUUUCAGUUUCUAAUUAUACGUAUUGCUUGAUAGCACAAGAACAAAAUGAUGGAUCUACUCAAAUGGAUGAUAUAAUUAUUGAACGAUUUGCAGUUAUCAGACUACCCUGUAAAUCUACAUUAAAUUGUAAAUUUCAAAUAUCGUUAAGAAAUACAAACUGUCAGUCAUCCAUUGAGUACUAUAUCACAAGCGACGGACAUUAUUCAAGAAAUGAUAAAUUAUUAGAACUAUUGAAUACGAACACGUUCGAUGAUGCGAUGUUGUUAGGCUUUGUGAAUGAUGCCAAUCAUAUAAAUGCAAUAGCUAAAAAUCUUACUCAUAUACAACGUGAUCAAAAGAGCAUACAGCAAGAAAUCGAACAAAAUAUACUCAGGCUACCAUCUAUUAGCAAACAAUUUGGGCUUUCGCCAUCGUUACUAUUAUUAGUUAUUGUCAUCGUAAUUGUCAAUAUUCUUCUAAUUAUGCUAUAUUCAAAAUACUGUUUAAAGAAAGUAUAUGUGAAUCUGUCAGCUAUCUAAAAGGAAAUCUGAUGAGUUGUACGUUGGUUUUAAGGCGCCACUAAUUCAAAGUUUAAGCACUAUUUUAUUUCUGACUUCUUUAUACAUGGUUGGACAGAGCAAGCCGAGCUAAUCUAAUAUGUAAGUUUUAACUUUUUAGUGCAACGUUUACGUGAAAAGGUCUAAAAUACUGAAAGAGCCUAAAAUUUCGAAAAACCGCUUCGCCACGAAAAUUUCCAGUAUUUUUGUCCAAUUUCAUUUCGGAGCCCCACAAUUUCUUUUUCCUGAUUCAGCACAUGGAACUGAGUCUAGAUGCCUUAUUUGGAACUUGAUAACAUAUAGCAUGGCCAAUAAAAAGUCCAUUCACUGACAUAGCUUAAAGGGCCAACUUAUUUUGUAAAUCUGUCUAUUUUGUUUUGAUUCACUUUUAGGCGAGCAACAAUAACACGUAGAGCUCUUUUUGAAAUUCCUUUCCGUUGCUGAAAAAAAAGUCAGA